CAUUCCGAUGAUUGUAAGUGAAUUUGGUGUUGUCCGUUGUUUCCGGUGAUUUGUCUAUAUUUUUUUUUAUAAAUUUAUGGUCUUCCCGCUUCAAAUUGCAGUGUAUUUGAUUUUUCUGACAUAAUCAUGUGUAUUUACCUUGUUAAAACAGGUAUAGCUUGGAUCGUCUGAACUCUAUUUAGAUUUAGUGAAGCUGCUUCCAGAAAGCAACACAAUGGCUGUUUUAGUCUCUAUAAUUGUGUUUGUUUUAACAUUAUGUCAAAUGAAUCAGAUGGUUAAUGGUCUGAAGAUUGGUUCUUUCAACAUACAAAUUUUUGGUGAAUCAAAAUCUAAGAAACCAGAUGUCAUGGAUAUUAUUGGAAAGAUAGUUGUGCGAUAUGAUAUUGUUUUGAUUUUAGAGAUAAGAGAUUCAAAGAAAAAAGCAAUGCCAAAACUCAUGGAGAUAAUUCAACCACGUUCUGGGGAUCCUGAGUAUAAGAUGGAGAUUAGUGAUAGAGUAGGAAGAACAACCAGUAAAGAGCAGUAUGCUUUCUUGUACAGAGAUAAUCUUGGUCUGAAAGUUGUAGAGAGUUUCCAUUAUGAUGAUGGGGAUGAGAAAAAGAAGGAAGAUCAAUUUGAAAGGGAGCCGUUUGUUGUUCACUUCAAAUCUCCUAAAACAGAUGUGGAGGAUUUUGUAUUGAUAGCUAUACAUGUUGAUCCUGAUGAAGCUGUGUCAGAAAUCAAUCAUUUAGAAACUGUCUUGGACUAUGUUUGGGGCAGGACUGGUGUUGAUAAUAUUAUCAUUAUGGGAGAUCUAAAUGCCGAUUGUAGUUACGUGUCAAAGAGAGCCAUGAAAACUAUCAAUCUACGUCAUCGAUCUGAUUUAUAUUGGCCUAUUGAUGAUGACGCUGAUACAACUGCUGGUAAAACAAAUUGUGCCUAUGAUAGAUUUGUAAUUAGAGGAAGAAGUUUAAUCAAAAGUAUAAUACCAGGAAGUGUACAGAUAUUUAAUUAUCAAAAUGAAUAUCAGUUAGAUGAUAAAUUGACAUUGAAAGUCAGUGAUCAUUAUCCGAUAGAAAUGGCAAUUGAAGGCAUCACAGAUGUUGGUGGAGUUGAGAUAUACCAAACUAGGAAAACUUUAGUUGUAUUCUGUGUUACGUUAGCCAUUGUUAAAAUAUCUAUGUACAUAUGACAAUACUUAAGGCCAUCACAUACUACUGGUUAUUCAUAUUGAACAUAAUAUUAUUAUAGUGAUAUCUCAUAAUAACUGUCAUCACAUAUAUUUAAUAGAUUCAUAAAUCACUGCACAAAUUGUAACUUUCUAUAAGAAAGCUUUUAUUAGUCAUGCUGGCCCUGAAAAUACACAGUUGUACAAGACUAAAUAAUUUUACAACAUGCCUAGACAACAAGAUUUGUCUUGGUAAUGUGCAAGUAUUUAAACAGGCUAUAGUAUGUAUGAUUGGUUGUAGAUGUAUUGAUCUCCAAGAUAUAAACAUGGGCCAUUAUGUUCACAUACAUAGUAAUACACAAGUAGAUAAGCUUGGUAUUGUUUGUUGGGCUAUACACUGGAGAAAACCAUGUUAUACUGAAUACCGGAAACUCAGGAAAAACACUAAAUACCGGAAAACACACUAAAUACCGGAAAACACACUAAAUACCGGAAAACACCCUAAAUAGGUAACCUGGAGAAGAGCUAUAUUAUAAACCGGAAACUAACCCUAACCCUAACCCAGGCACACAGAGGACCAGUCUCUGGGUUACCUAUUUAGGGUGCCAGUCUCCGGGUUACCUAUUUAGGGUAUUUUCUGGUAUUUAGUGUGUUUUCCGGAAUUUAGUGGGGGGGUUUUCUGGUGUUUUCCGGUAUUCAGUAUAACAUGGUGUUUUCCGGUUGUUUUCCGGUAUAUAGUAUUGUGAUUGUUUGUUCAUUUGCCAUACAACUUCAUUUUUUUCACUCAGGUCAGCAUCUAGAAUCUAUACAAUUAUAUAAUAUAUUCUAAUUAAUAUGUUAUUUUUUUAUUUUUUUUAGUGCAAUUUAGAAUUCUUAAGAUUUCUAUUUAUAAAAAAUGUGUUAUUGAACGCACAAUAUGUGUUUAUAAUUAACUCAAUUUGUACUUUGUUAAAAUUGUAAUAAUACAUUAUUUUGUUAUUAGUCUAUAGUAUUUUUUUUCUUACCAGAAUGAAUGUUUUUGUUUAAUUAAAUGUCAUGUUUGUUUAUGGGGUAGAUGUUAAUAGUAAUGGUAUUUAGAAAAUGACUUUAUAGGUAUUUUGAAAAUGACUUUAUAUAUAUUUUGAAAAUGACAUUAUAUGUAUUUUGAAAAUGACAUUAUAUGUAUUUUGAAAAUGACUUUAUAUGAAAUUUCGUUACACUUAGUGUGGAUACUGGUAUAUUGUAUGUAAAUGUGUCCACUAAGAAAAUUAUUUCAUGGAAUGCAAAUUACAUAUUACAUGGUUAGAUAGGUGACUUUACUCCUUUUGCUUUACAAAUCUUGGAUCAAAUUCAUAGAUAAACUUCAUUAACGAAGCAUAUAUUUAUAGAAUUCAAGAAUUUACUAAAACAAAAUCACAGUACUCAACAGAUGAAUAUAUACAAACAUUAACAGAACAUGACUCUCCUUUACAAAAUAGUAAAACUUGGUAAAUACAAAGGCUCUAAAUGUCCCACCCCAACCCAACUGCAUUUUGUUUUUAUACAAAAUGGCUUUAAAUAUUAGGCAUUGCUCAUAAUUGUCAGCUUAACAAUAUCUUAAUAUGUAUUUACUCAGGGACUAUCUCAAUAAUCUUAAAUACUGUUAUUUUAUAUGAUACACAUGUAAAGAUUUUUAUUUUAUUUUAUAGUACUUUUAUGAUUAUUGUUAUUUAUCAAUGGGUAAUUCAGUUGUUUGAAUUAUAUUUAUUAUGGUGCUUAAACUCAGACACUGUACUAUAGAAACAGAGGCUCUGCUUUUAUCAUUAAUAGAAAAAUCACACAACAGAAUACUCUUCAUCCGUUUUGGAUGGUAAAUCCCCCUGCUGCGCAAAGUUACAUUUUAAGUACUUUUAGAAUACAAAGUAAACGGAAGUGAAGUGUGUGUGUGUAUAUAUAUAUAUAUAUAUAUAUAUAUAUCGGAAUUGAUACUUUGUCUAGAUGUCAAUGUAUAGAACUCUUUUUUUAGCUCUUUUUAUUUUCGUAAAUGCUGUUUGACCAUUUGUCACAUUGCUUUUUAAUGAUUAUAUUUUAUUUAUAUGUGACUUUAUUAAUAAUUAAUAAUGAUAAUGCUACAAUGUCCACUGUACUAAGACACAUACAGAAACAUUUGUUUAAUUCAUUAAUUUACUCAAAUUUGAGAUAUUCAGGUAAACUUUCAAACAUAAAGAUAACGCAGAACAUUUGAAGAUCAAACUAAUUUAUAAUUUAGAAAUAACCAGCCUUAGAUUGUUUCUUUUCAAACUCAGGAAUAGUUUAAUAAUAAUUUAAUAUGUUAAUUACUCAUAUUAAUAUUAUAUAUUUUUUAAUAGUUAUUCAUUGUUAAUGUAAUGUUUUUUAACCUUUACCUACCAUGAUAUAUAGAGUAUAUAUAUUAAUAAAAUAAGUACAAACAUUUA